GGCGUCGGCCGCGGGCUGAGCCCGCGGUGGUGAUCGACCACGACGAAGGCGUGAGGGUGGACAGCUCCGCCAAGACGGGUCUCGCGAUGGCGAGUACGACAACGCAGAACGGGACGUACCAGAUCUGGUCGCUGAAGGACAUCCGAAGCCAUGAGAGCUUCAAUGGCGGCCAGGAUGAGUUCGAGAGUUUUUUUUUCACGUUGGAGGCAGAGGUGGCUGAGAUGGGGCGGGAGUCACUCUAUGACGUUGCGGUGGGCCACGCGGGUCCGAUAGCUGCAGAUGACAUCCAGAAAGCGGAGGCGCUGGAGUUGAGCAGGAACUUGAGCACGUUCCUGGCGAUGAGCAUGCGCGGGAAAGCGCAGACGAUGACUAUGUUGGCUGGUGCUGGCAAUGGGUUCGAGGCUCUUCGGCAGAUCUAUGCUGACUACCGCCCGAGCGGCGGGCUUUCGGAGCACAGCCUGCUGACGACGAUCGUGCAGCCGAAGUGGCGGACGAGUGAUGAUCACUCGAGACGAAGCUUCUUGGAGGUGCUGCACGACUGGGAUCAUCUCGUCACGCAGUAUGAGUUGGCGAGCCACGACACGAUCAACGACAGGCUCAAGUGUGCGACCAUAUUGGGCUAUGCGCCGCUGCCGGUCAGGAAGGUGCUCGACGGAGCCAGCCAGGAGGUCAGGGAGAACUACGCGGUGAUGCGGGCAAGGAUUCGUGAGCACUACAUGGAGAGAAAUGCCAAGGCUUUCGUCCCCAGGCCACCUGAGGCGGGAGGAGGAGGCCAGGCGCCGAUGCAGGUGGAUGCGGUCGGCCAGGUUGACGCGAUCGGGUUCGACAAGCCGCGCUGCAAUCUCUGCACGAAGCUCGGCCACACGGCCGACGAGUGCUGGUUUAAGGGCAAAGGCGGCGCCAAGGGCGACCCCAAGGGUGGCAAGGGCGAUGGUGGCAAGGGCGGAUCGAAGGGCGGACGCGGCGGCAACGCGCCGUCGAGUGACAAAGACAAGACAUGCCACUACUGCAAGAAGAAAGGCCACAUCAAGAUCAACUGCUUCAGGUUCAAGAAAGAUCAGGAGGACAGGAAGAAGGGUACUGUCAGCAUCGUCGAGAAGGAGGCCGCCGAGGUCAACGUGAUGGUCGUGCCCAGCGAAGACGACUCUGACGAGUGCGGCUUCUGCAUGGCGCUGGAGAGCGACUACGUCGACCGCGACUCAGACGGGCACCAGGUGGACUACGUCGACCACGAGUCGAACGGGCACCAGGUGGGCUACGACGGCUACGAGAGCGUCGGAGACCAGCUGGAGGACGAGUUCGCGUGCCACGCCUGCGACGACGCGAUCAUCAUGGCCAUCGGCGACGGGGCCAAGCUCAAGGAGUACGACGUUGACGACUUUCUGAUGCUGGAUGGUGGCGCUGACGAGCACUGUGCACGACGAAGCUUUGCGAGACAUAGCGCAGUGGAGCCUGCGUCGACCAAGCUGAUCGCCGCCCAGAAGCAGAAGGUCUCUCUUGAUGGUGAGGCCAUGGUUCCCUUCACGAUGGGGGGUGGACUGGUUUGCAAGGCCAACUUCAAGGUCGGCCCCUUCGCUCGGAACCUACUCAGCACUGGCAGAGUCUAUGAUGCAGGUUUUGACGUGGUCUACUCGCACAAUGACGGGUGCUACGUUGGUUACUCCACGCCUGACGGGAGGUAUGUGAAGAUCCCGAUGGUGCGGAGAAAGCACACGUUCGGGGCCCCUGCCAGCGUGCACAAGGACCUCGAGGACGCCAAGGAUGUGGUCAAGGAGACCAAGCGGUUGCUAGGCCGCUAUCCCGAUCAGCAGUCGGGCAUCGUCGCCGCCAACGAGGACGCGGUGAUGAAGGACGAGGGCGAGGGGGCCGUCCAGACUGAUGAAGCUGCAGCGCCUGCGCCCAUGGCAGAGGGAGCAGAUGUGGACGAGGCUCAAGCAUGCAAGCUCAAGCACAAGCAGGACUUGGACUUCAAGAAGGCGGUCGAGGAGCGUCGCCAACAGCAAGUGGGCGCCCAGCCUGUGACAGAGGCCAAGGUCGUCGAGGCUCGCUAUGCUCCAACGGAGGUUGAAAAGGAGCAACGCGAGGCUGCUGGUCACGCGGUGUUCAAGAAGUGGUGCCCUGCGUGCGUGUUCGGACUGGGACCUGAGGACCCGCGCGUCAAGCAGCCCGUGUACGGCAGCAAUGUCAUAGAGGAGCUGAUUUUCUUCGACUGGGCCUUCAACGGCACUAAGGACACGGACAAUCUCUAUCGCAGCACUGGUCUGCUCUACGGCAACGCGCUGGGGAGCAAGGCCGCAGACGAUCACACCGCGAAGCAGCUCAUGAGGUUCAUGGAGCAGCUCGCGUACCAGAAGCCAGAGCUCAGGUGCGACGCGGAGCCUGCGGUGAAGGCUCUCCAGGAUAAGGUCGUGAACGCGAGGAACGAGGAGAACCUGGAGACCAGAGUUUCGCAGGGUCGCACGCGGGACAGCAGGUCGAUGGGCUUCGUCGAGACGCGGAUCCUCUGGUGGCGAGGCCGCCUGAAGGCCAUCAGGGCGCAGGUGAAGCUCACGCCGCACUCCCCGCUCUGGCCGUUCCUCGCCCACCAUGCUGCAAACGUGACGAACUGGCACUCGCGAGGUGCUGACGGCUAUACGGCUCACUUCGCGGUCUACGGCGUGAAUUACAUUGGAGCAGUGGUUCCCUUUGCUGAGACGGGGAUGGCAAGGGUUCCAGUCAGCAAGACGGGCCAGCGACGUCCGAUGGGAGGUUUGGCCCCCAGGCUGACCAAGGCGGACACUGCCUGGGUCAAGGGGAUCUGGGUCGGCAAGACGACCAACAACGACGAGCGCAUCAUCCUGGCGAUUGCUGGCAAGGUGACCUGCAGGGCCGCCCGCAGGAUGCCCAAGGGGAAGCGCCACGACAAGGAGCUCCUCCUGAAGGUCUGCAGCGAGCCCUGGAGGGAGAAGGUCGCGCACAUGCCUCGGUCCCUCGUCAUGGACGGCGGCAGGGGCGAGGUCGCGCCGACGCCGCUGGAGGCCGCGGGCACGGAGGCCGAGGGGGCAGCUCCAGGAGCUCCCCCGUCUGGGGCAGAGGGCCAGGAGGGCUCAGCCCGUCCUGGUCCCGAGGGUCCUGAGUUGGGGGCGAACCCUCCAGACCCCGAGGCCUCAGCUGAGCGCCCACCAGACUCACGCCCUCAGGCCCCGGAGGCACAGGCUCCAGAGGCCCCGCCGAGACCUGGCGGAGAGGCGGAAAGCUCUGCCGGAGCUGGCGGAAGCUCGGGGAGUGGACCAGGAGGCCCCGAGGGGGCUGGUGCCAGUGGUGAGCCAGACGCCCCGACGCCUGCUGCUGCGAGCUCCUCGGGUACGGCAACCAGAGCGAGAUCACCGAACAACGAUGCCGUCCUGGGGUGGCACGAGGCCAAGAGGGGGCGCUACGAGGGCCUGAUCGUCGGGGCCAUCGAGGACAUCAGCGAGGCGCUGGACUACAAGGCCCUCCUGACGGCCAAGGAGCUCACGCACUGGGACAGCAGCGGCUUCCCCCGGGAGGAGGCGGCUGAGGCGCUCGAUAAGGGCUUAGAGCUCUGCGGUGAGUUCGGCAUCUACUCAGUUCAUCCUCGAGCGGCCUCCGGCGGCAAGAAGAAGGUUGAUACCAAGUGGGAGAAGCAGGACCGAGCUGGGGUUCUUAAUUACAGGUUGGUGGGCAGGGAGUUUGCCUGGCUCGAGGAGCAUGAUGAUCUUCGCUCCUGGGCCGACGUCCCUGACCAGCCGCAUCAUUGA